UGGGGAGCGGGAUGCCCAUCGCUCCGGCUUGGUGGUGAAUGCUGAGGAGAGUCACGGUUGCUGCAGUUGGGGCCACCGGGAGGAAGUUGUGGUGUGAGGCCGGGCGGGAGUUCGCGGCGCUGUGGAGAAUCGAAGCGCGGAGUCGGUGCGAAGACUCGGCUGCUGUCAGAUCCUUUCCUACUCCGACCAUGCCUGGAAGGAACAAGGCGAAGGCUACCUGCAGCUGCCCUGACCUGCAGCCCAGUGGACAGGAUUUGGGAGAGAGCGCCCGGGUUGCCCGUCUAGGAGUAGAUGAAUCUGAGGAGGAGGGACGAAGGGGGUCUAUCAGUAAUGCCGGAGACCCUGAGAUCGUCAAGUCUCCUAGCGACCCCAAGCAAUACCGAUACAUCAAAUUACGAAAUGGUUUGCAGGCACUUUUGAUUUCAGACCUAAGUAACACGGAAGGUAAAACAGGAGAUGCAACAGAUGAUGAAGAAGAAGAGGAAGAGGAAGAAGAUGAGGACGAUGAUGAGGAUGAUGAUGAUGAUGAUGAUGAUGAAGAUUCUGGAGCUGAAAUAGAAGACGAUGAUGAAGAGGGUUUUGAUGAUGAAAAUGAGUUUGAUGAUGUUGAUGAACAUGAUGAUGAUGAUCUUGAUACUGAGGAAAAUGAACUGGAAGAAUUAGAAGAGAGGGCAGAAGCAAGAAAGAAAACCACUGAAAAACAGUCUGCAGCGGCUCUUUGUGUUGGAGUUGGGAGUUUUGCUGAUCCGGAUGACCUUCCUGGGCUGGCACACUUUUUGGAGCACAUGGUAUUCAUGGGUAGUUUGAAAUAUCCAGAUGAAAAUGGGUUUGAUGCUUUCCUGAAGAAACAUGGGGGUAGUGAUAAUGCUUCAACUGAUUGUGAACGUACAGUCUUUCAAUUUGAUGUCCAGAGAAAAUACUUCAAGGAAGCCCUGGAUAGAUGGGCCCAGUUCUUCAUCCACCCACUAAUGAUCAGAGAUGCAAUUGACCGUGAAGUUGAAGCUGUUGAUAGUGAAUAUCAGCUUGCAAGACCUUCUGAUGCAAACAGAAAGGAAAUGCUGUUUGGAAGCCUUGCUAGACCUGGACAUCCUAUGGGGAAAUUUUUCUGGGGAAAUGCUGAGACUCUCAAACAUGAGCCAAAAAAGAAUAAUAUUGAUACAUACACCAGGCUGAGAGAUUUCUGGAUGCAUUAUUACUCUGCUCAUUACAUGACUUUAGUGGUUCAAUCCAAAGAAACACUGGAUACUUUGGAAAAGUGGGUUACUGAAAUCUUCUCUCAGAUACCAAACAAUGGGUUACCCAAACCAAACUUUGGCCAUUUAACGGAUCCAUUUGACACACCAGCAUUUAACAAACUUUAUAGAGUUGUUCCAAUUAGGAAAAUUCAUGCUCUGACCAUCACAUGGGCACUUCCUCCUCAACAGCAACAUUACAGGGUGAAGCCACUUCAUUAUAUCUCUUGGUUGGUCGGACAUGAAGGCAAAGGCAGCAUUCUUUCUUACCUUAGAAAAAAGUGCUGGGCCCUUGCAUUAUUUGGUGGAAAUGGUGAGACAGGCUUUGAGCAAAAUUCUACUUACUCAGUAUUCAGCAUUUCUAUUACAUUGACUGAUGAGGGUUAUGAACAUUUCUAUGAGGUGGCUCAUACUGUUUUCCAGUAUUUAAAAAUGCUGCAGACAUUAGGCCCUGAUAAAAGAAUUUUUGAAGAGAUUCAGAAAAUUGAGGAUAAUGAGUUUCAUUACCAAGAACAGACAGAUCCAGUUGAGUAUGUGGAAAACAUGUGUGAAAACAUGCAGCUGUACCCACUGCAGGACUUUCUCACAGGAGAUCAGCUUCUUUUUGAAUACAAGCCAGAAGUCAUUGCUGAAGCCCUUAAUCAACUCAUUCCUCAAAAAGCAAAUCUUGUUCUACUGUCUGGUGCUAAUGAGGGAAAAUGUGACCUCAAGGAGAAAUGGUUCGGGACUCAGUAUAGCAUGGAAGAUGUUGAAAACUCUUGGGCUGAACUUUGGAAAAGUAACUUUGAAUUAAAUCCAGAUCUUCAUCUUCCAGCUGAAAACAAGUACAUAGCCACGGACUUCAUGUUGAAGGCUUUUGAUUGUCCUGAGACAGAAUACCCUGUUAAAAUCGUGAACACUCCACAAGGUUGCCUGUGGUAUAAGAAAGACAACAAAUUUAAAAUCCCCAAAGCAUAUAUACGUUUCCAUCUGAUCUCACCUUUGAUACAGAAGUCUGCAGCAAAUGUGGUCCUCUUUGAUAUCUUUGUCAAUAUCCUCACCCAUAACCUUGCGGAACCAGCUUAUGAAGCAGAUGUGGCACAACUGGAGUAUAAGCUGGUAGCUGGAGAACAUGGUUUAAUUAUUCGAGUGAAAGGAUUCAACCACAAACUACCUCUACUGUUUCAGCUCAUUAUUGACUAUCUGGCCGAGUUUAGUUCCACACCAGCUGUCUUUACAAUGAUAACUGAGCAGUUGAAGAAGACCUACUUUAACAUCCUCAUCAAGCCUGAGACUCUGGCCAAAGAUGUGCGGCUUUUAAUUCUGGAAUAUUCCCGUUGGUCUAUGAUUGACAAGUACCGGGCUUUGAUGGAUGGCCUUUCCCUUGAGUCUCUCCUGAGCUUUGUCAAAGAAUUCAAAUCCCAGCUCUUUGUUGAGGGCCUGGUACAAGGAAAUGUCACAAGCACAGAAUCUAUGGAUUUCCUGAAAUAUGUUGUUGACAAGCUGAACUUCAUGCCUCUGGAGCAGGAGAUGUCUGUGCAGUUCCAGGUGGUAGAACUGCCCAUUGGCCACCACCUAUGCAAAGUGAGAGCUCUGAACAAGGGUGAUGCCAACUCUGAAGUCACUGUGUACUACCAGUCAGGUACCAGGAGUCUGAAAGAAUAUACUCUUAUGGAGCUGCUUGUGAUGCACAUGGAAGAGCCUUGUUUUGACUUCCUUCGAACCAAGCAGACACUUGGGUACCAUGUCUACCCUACCUGUAGGAACACAUCUGGGAUUCUAGGAUUCUCUGUCACUGUGGGGACUCAGGCAACCAAAUACAACUCUGAAGUUGUUGAUAAAAAGAUAGAAGAGUUUCUUUCUAGCUUUGAGGAAAAGAUUGAAAACCUCACUGAGGAUGCAUUCAACACCCAGGUCACAGCCCUGAUCAAGUUGAAGGAGUGCGAGGACACCCAUCUCGGAGAGGAGGUGGACAGGAACUGGAAUGAGGUGGUGACACAGCAGUACCUCUUCGACCGCCUCGCUCAUGAGAUUGAAGCACUGAAGUCAUUCUCAAAAUCAGACCUAGUCAACUGGUUCAAGGCUCACAGAGGACCAGGAAGUAGAAUGCUCAGUGUUCAUGUUGUUGGAUUUGGGAAGCAUGAGCUGGAAGAGGAUGUUGCCCCUUUUGGUGAGGAUUCAAACUCUUCUUGUGAAGGGAUGCAGCUAACUUACCUGCCAGCCUCUCCUCUGCUGACAGAUUCUACCAUCCCCAUUACUGAUAUUAGGGCUUUCACAUCAACACUUAACCUUCUCCCCUACCAUAAAAUAGUCAAAUAAACUGCAGUCUCGUUGGCCUGAAUGAAGCAUCAUGUAUUUUAAAAUGUGUAUUCUAUGAAGUUACACUACUAUGGCCUUAGGGCUUCCAUUGAGUUUUUGCACUGGCAUCAGAUUUUUGACUUACUGCUCCCUCUUCUAUUGUGACUAACAAACCCAGGGUUAUAGUAGCAGCUGGCAGAGAGAAACUAGCAGGGUGGCCUGGUCCUCUAAGAUUUGAGAAUCCAGUUCUGUAUGACAGCCCUAUGUAACCAAUGUCUUAUUAGUACCUAAAUGUUAGGUGCUAAUACUAAUGCCUAAAUGAUGUUGUUUUUAAUGUAUUUUUAAAUAAAGAUAGCUCUGUAUUGCUCUUCAGAAUGAGCCAUUUGCUGUUGUGGCAUUUUUUUAAAUUAUAUUUUGUUUUAGUGUGGGGUAGAGAUCUAAAAAUAAAUACUCUUCCCAAAACCUCUAAGGCAAUAAAAUAUUUUUGGAUAAAA